CCCGCGGCUCUUCACAGUAUAUUUAUAUCUCGACCCGCCCAGCUUUCCUAAAAGCUUCUUUCUUUUUAACUUUGAUUUCUUAUUUAUACUAAUUAUUUUCAUCUUUGCUGUUAUAUAUACGUAUUUGGUGGAUUCAGAUUCAUUUUAUUUUUAACAUCAGAUUUACGAUAAACCCCUGCUUGUUUUACUUUCACACAUAAUUCACACACGCUCAUCUGUUAAAAUGUAUCCUGGUGACCAGAGCAAUCGUCGGCGCCAAGGGCAGGGAGACGGCCAAGGUCACAACCAAGGCCAUGGCUAUGGCGGACCCCCACCCCACCAGGGCCACGGCUACGGUGGACCCCCGCCCAGCCAGGGGCACGGCUAUGGUGGACCCCCGCCUAACCAGAACUGGGGUGGCGGAGGCAACUUCUACCAGCCACCACAGGACCCACCCCCGUUCCCACAUGGAAACUACAACCAGCAAUACCCACAGCCGCCGAUGGGACCGCCUCCCGGCGGUGACUACUACGACAACAGUCGCAACAGUGGCGGCUAUGGCCAGCAGCAGCAACCACCUCCGCCUAUGCAAUUUCCCGGCCAAGGCGACUACGGCAACAGCGGAGGCUAUGGCGGCAACAGUGGCGGCAACAGUGGCGGCUACGGCGGCAACAGUGGCGGAUAUGGUGGCUACGGCCAGCAGCCCCCCAUGUCUUUCCCCGGUGGAGACUUUUCAAGCGGGCCUCCGUCUCAAAUGCCGGAUGGCAGAUACAUGGGCGGACCCUCAGGCGGGCCUCCGCCUCAAAUGCCGGGUGGCGGACCCUCAGGCGGACCUCCCCAGUACGAUGGUGGGUACCAGAUACCCGGCGGCGACUUUGGAGUUGCUCCUUCAUUUAAUAUGCCAGUCGUUCGCCACCGGCCCGAAGACAUUGACUUUUCGGCAAACAAUUUUCCGACGUGGAAUGCGCCCUCACCCCCGCCAUCGAGCCAGCGCCCAAACUACGGGCAAGGACAAGGCCAGGGCCAAGGCUACGGCCAAGGCCAAGGCCAAGGUCAAGGUCAAGGUCAAGGUCAAGGUCAAGGUCAAGGUCAAGGCCAAGCUCAACCCACACACGGCUCUAUCCCGACUUACAACAUUCCUCAGGAGCUUCAGCAGGAAGCCAGCCAGGUCACAUUGUCCAACUGUAAUGGACGCAAGCGCGCUCUGCUCAUUGGUAUUAACUACUUUGGCACCAAGCACCUGCUCAAGGGCUGCAUCAACGAUGUGCACAACAUCAAUAAGUUUAUUAUUGAGCACUUUGGGUUCCGCGAAGCCGAUAUUGUCAUACUGACUGAUGACCAGCGCGAUAAUCCCCGCCGUAUGCCGACGCAUGAGAACAUCAUCAGGGCCAUGAAGUGGCUGGUCAGCGAUGCGCGCAUGAAUGAUUCAUUCUUUUUCCAUUACUCGGGCCACGGCGCCACGGUUACCAGCAAGACAGGCGAAGAGCUUGACGGCAAUGACGAGACAAUCUGCCCGGUGGACUUUGAGUCCAAGGGUAUGAUCAUUGACGACGACAUGAACACCAUGAUGGUCCGCCCUCUUCCUCGCGGCGCGCGCCUCACCGCCAUCUUUGAUUGUUGUCACUCGGCCACUGCGCUUGACCUGCCAUUCAUGUACAAUCACCAGGGCAAGCUCAAGAAUGAGAAGGCCAUAACCUAUGCCGGCAAGGGCUUCCUGUCGGCGGGCAACUUGUACCUGAAGGGCGACCUUGCAGGAGCCAUCAAGGGCGUGACACAGUCGUUAGACAUCAUGCUGACGGGCGACCAAAAGCUCGAAAAGGCACGCCAGACCAAAAGUACGAUGGGUGACGUUAUCAUGUUCUCGGGCUGCAAGGACGACCAGACAUCCGCCGAUUCAAAGACAGAGGACCUAAAGUUCACCGGCGCUAUGUCGCACGCCCUCAUCUCAAGCAUGAACAACAACCCGCACCAGACUUACGUCCAGUUGCUGCAGGAUGUCCGCAAGCGCUUGGCCGUCAAGUACACACAGGUUCCCCAGCUCAGCACGGGGCGGCUGAUGGACAUGAACACGCUGUUUAUCAUGUAGGCGCCCGCACCGCUGUUGCUGCGCUAUUUGUUGUUCUAACGUUAUUAUAUUAUAUAGCCUUUUUAUU